AUGGCUUCCGGCUUCGGUAACAACCUCGGUCCUAACCGAUGCUUCCCCUUCUGGCAAGAUCUCCUCGGUUGCUACGUCGUCAACUCUAGCGAAGGUAUCGAGGGCAAGAAGAAGUGCGUUCCGGCUCUGGAGGAUUACCACGAAUGUCUUCACCACACCAAGGAGGUUUACCGUGCCUUGAGAAUUGCCAACGCUGUCCGCAAGACCGAGGCCGCAUCCGCGCGUGAGAAUGGCCCCAAGGCCGAGGAGAUCCGGAGCCUGGGAUUACUGGGCAAGGAUAAGGAGACUGCCGCUACAUUGGAAAAGAUCCGGCAACAAUAG